AUGACAAAGCAAAACAUUCUAAAGGCAAUUUGUGGUGAACGUCCAUUUUGGUGGGUUAAAUCACACAAAAGUGCCAAUUUGACGCUAAAGCAAUUUGACAUUACCUGUGAAACUGGUCCGGGGAGCCCUUCUGGUCAUUGUAUGGUCUUUGUUGCGGGAUGGUUGCCGCUGAUUCUUUACAUUAAACACAGACGCAAAAAACUCGGUGCUACGCUGUACGCCCUACUCAUCAUAUGCACAAUUGUUGUUGGAGUGAGUCGUCUCUACACAGCGACCCACUUUCCUCACCAAGUCAUCGAAGGUUCAGUGGCAGGCAACAUCACCCAGCCGCAUUAUUCUGCCUUCGAAGGUGCUUUGAUUGGUCAAGCCUUCUAUCAAUGGACGAUGCGGUACACACUGAAGUGCACCACGACCACGGCUGCGUCCACCGACCUACGGCCCUCCGCACUGAUCUCUCCCCAGAGGCUCACCAUCAUUGGCACACUUAGCUUCGUACUGGGUGAGGCGAUUGGUGCCACGCUGAACUUCCUGGGCGUCGACGUAGAUCGGAGCCUCCGAAUGGCCAGAACCCAUUGCGACCGACGUGAAUGGGUACACCCCUCCACUUCUGUUGAGGCCUCUUACGCUCGGGUCACUGGAGCACUUUUAGGUCUGGCCGCAGCUUUGAUCUUUCGACCGUUGACGGUUCGCAGUCUGAAGACUCCUCCCUUAACUGUCAAACGUGUCAUAUUUCCCUGCGUCAUGUGUACCGUUGCCUGCUACUACUGCCAAAGACUCAUCUCCCUCCUGGCUCCUUUCUUCAAGUGCCUCCUCGGGUACAUACCCUUGGGGUCGCAGGCAUCGUUCCUCUUCUACAUGGGCGCAAUUGGCGCCAGUUGUCCGCUAGUCGUGGCCCUAGUUUUCUCAAGCCUGCUCGAUCAACUUGUCAGCUGCAAAGCUCAGCGAUGCACCAGUACGAAGCGCAACGCCACUGUGGCUUCCUCUAGUCACGAUUCUGAGGCUUCUACCAGAGGUGAACGCUCACGUUCGCGACCGCAACAUUAA